CCCGACGCAUGGCGCUGCCGCUGCCUGCCGUAAGCGGAGCCGAGCAACCAAGCCAACCCCGGCCGCGGCGGAACCGCUCGGCGUGCGUAGCCUCCACGCGGGGACCGUCGCGACGCUGCGUCAGAUCGACGCGCGGCGAGUCCGCCGCCCCCUCGCCGCCUAUAUAAACCGUUCGAAUCGCCGCCCCCUCUUCUGCUACGCUCUGGAAGCUUACCCCCCCCCCCCCACCUCCUUUCUCGACACCGACGAGCCGAGACCGAGAGAAGCCGGUCGAGAUGGCCGGGGAGAGCUGCGUCCCGCGGCCCUUGUUCGGCGGCGCCAUCUCCAGCACCUUCCCCGUCCGGUUCCAGGACGUGAGCAACAUCCGGGAUGUCCCCGACCAUCAGGAUGUUUUUGUUGAUCCAACCCGCGACGAGAGCCUCAUCUUCGAGCUGCUCGAUCUCAAGGGCGAGGUGGAGAACGCCGGCAGCGCGCUCUGGUUCCUGCGCGACAUCGCCAACGAGCAAGACGCGGGGGACAGCAUGGUGGUCGAACAUUCUGGGACACUCGAGCUAGCUGGUUUGCGUCUCGGACAAGCACCUGCAGUGGCUGGAACUGCAAUUGGGCAGCUGGCUGUCUCAAAAGGGCGGCAGGGAAGAGAAGCACAGAACAUCGUUCGACUUUACCUGGCAAACAUACGUCUCAAGAAUGCAGCAACCGAUGUACUUAUCACCGCAUACGAGCCACUAUUGAUAAACCCCUUGAGUGAAAGCGCCAGGGCAGUUGCAGCUGGUCCAGCAAUACCUGCUGAACAAGCAGGGUGCUUGCCAAUGUCUGAGAUUUUCAAACUUGCAGUGAUGAACUUCAAUGUGCAUGAUUGGAACCUUUUCAAUGGCGGCCCUUGAAGCAGAGUGGAUAGUAUCUCCAAGUUCCGAUGGAGAGCAUCUGAGGGACAUAUUUUCCUUGACCAAAGACCAGUAUCUGUUUUUUAAUUCUAGAUCUGCUAUUCAUUAGGCCAGAAGUUAUGCUGUUUAGCCUAAGUAGUGUCUUCCAAAUACCCCUAUUGAAAUUCCCUCUCGGCGUUAGUGGAGUUUGUCAUGCUAGAUUGUAGUAGAAUGUACACAAUCGGUCAGGUCUGUUCUUUUCUGUUAAACAUGGGCCAUUUGAAUUGAGAGAUCCGGAAUGAAGCUACUAAAAUUCUAAGCAAAACGGUGUUUUCAAUUUUGCUGGAUGUUUGAUAAGGGAAAGAUGCCAUCCUUACAUUUCAUUGUAUGGUCUGACAAUAUUUGUCCUACAUGAUACCAUAUAUUCUUGAUCACUCACCGCAACUGCCACCAAGAUCCAGGAUGACGAACAUGUCGACUAUGGAGUCUAAGGAAGAUACGACCUGACAAGAAAUGGGGCGAGUCAGGAUGUGGACCAUGUCAGCGUCCAACUCGAAGCAUGAUAAUAAGUUCAUAGUGAUGCAUACACCAGGUAGCAUGUUUGGAGCUCCAUUAGACUUCAUAUUUGAAUGCAGCCUUCUCGCCCAUUUCACGCCUAAAUUCUUUGUAAGUACACUGCAGCCUGCGCUUUGUAAGUUGAUUAAUCGAUUGUCGAUUUAUCAUACUAGCACUGCAACGUUUGAAUUGAACGGUCACUGCCUUCCGAUUGAAGUGCUGUAACCUGUAACAGUGUUAGUGAGACAUAAAGUUGGAUCCGAUUUUGAUCAUUUUGUCGAUUGUCAUAUCUGAACAAAGAGUUUAAAUCUACAAGAGAACCUGGGAACAGGUAGUAUAUAUAUUACAAAUCCACAUUAUACAGCGUUUGCGAUUCCCUUUGCCGGAAGUUAAUUAUAAUCCCCUUCGACAGUGAAAAAUCAGAGAAGGAAAAAGUGAAACAAAAAAAAAGGAAGAAAAGGAACUGUUGGGAGUUGGAGACCUCGAUUUCUCAUUACAAAUUAUCAUCAGGAAAGAGCCUGGGGAAAAUUUUGAAUUCGAGGAUGAGUUACAAUGCAACGCUUCACUUCCACUGGUUGGCGACGAUGUCAGCGAGGUCGACGACCCUCUGCGAGUAUCCCCACUCGUUGUCGUACCAGGCGAUGACCUUCACCAUGUCGUCUCCCAUGACCAUGCUGAGCGACGCGUCGAUGGU